UCAACAGCAGGUCUAGACCAGUCAACUGUCGUGACUUCCGAGUUUUCAAAAAAAAUUUCAAGUUCAAAAAUUUUUUUGUUGUGAAAAAUUUUGAAAAGAUUUUCGAUUUGAAAUUUUUUUUUUUUUUUGAAAAGUUGAAUUGUGUGAGACAUUUCUGUCGAUAUUUGAUUGUUGAGUGAGACUGUUUACUCAUGGAGACUUACUACGAGACGUCUGAUUUACCCAUGUCCCAGCGUGUACCAAAUACCGGAUUGUAUGACGUUAUGGUUGAUGAUCACGGGUAUUACACGCUGUAUCCGAACUCUGGUGCCUGUGAUCCGUGGCAAUUGACUAAGGAUGACAAUCCCAUGCUGGCAUCUCUAGAUGGUCUACACAGUGGAGUCCCCACCCGAACAACUCCAACAUUGACCCCAACCACCCUCCGCAACAUCGAGCAGACAUUUCUGGAAUUAACGAGUGAAUCAGGCCAGCACAGUCGUGAAGCGGGUUUUGUACCACCCCUGGUGGAACCCUCCCAGCCGACUCCGACUCAGACCCAGAACACGUGCGGCCAACAGCAGCACCACAAUACCGUACUCCUGGAGAAUCAGCAGUCGAGACCGAUUCAACAGGCCAGAAGGAACAUGGGGGGCAGACGACCGACCAGAACAAUCGGCAUGUCCCCGGAGGAGGAGGAGAGACGACAGGUCAGAAGGGAGAGAAACAAAAUGGCUGCUGCUAGAUGCCGCAAACGAAGAAUGGAUCAUACCAAUGCUCUACUUGAAGAAACUGAGGGCUUGGAGCACAAGAAGCAGAGCCUUCAGGACGAGAUCCACCAACUCCAGCAAGCAAAAGACGAGUUGGAAUUCAUCCUAGAAGCCCACCGUGCGGUCUGCCGACUGCGUUCGUCCUCCCCUCCAGACGUAAAACCGAUCAUUAAAACAGAGAUUCCGAGUUUCAUCGAGACAUCAGAGCGCGACACAUCGACCCCUAAUCUCCGGCCAAAUCGUCCAAAUUCCCUUCCCGUGGGUUUCGACAACAACAACCGACCGACAAGCCUCAACUUUGUGGAGCCAAAGCAACGACCAGACUCCCUUCACUACAAGACAGUCGAGACCCCUGCUUUCAUGAAGACAGCUAAUGAAGUCGCUGGGGUACCCAUCACUACACCCUCCAGUGGCAUCCCCUUCAACUUUGAGUCGUUGAUGGAAGGGGGCACUGGUCUGACCCCUGUGUCAACUCCACUCGUUCCAUCCUGCUCGUCUCAACAGAGAAACAACAUCUCAGCUGUUGACCUCAGCUCACCAGACGCCAAUCCACCUAAACUCGUCAGCUUGUGACGCCAGGAUGAUCUCGAGGGAACCUCAAACGACGAAGAACUAGACUAAAAUAAUUUAUCCACUUUUUGUGGACAAGUGAAGUAUGGAGAAAUUGAAUAGAGGAAUUCAGCGUUUGGAAAUAGAAAAUUUUCGUGGAAUUUAAUUGCAAUUCCAUAGAAAUUCCUUUGGAAUUGCAUGAGAAUUUUAUUGAGAUUUAAUGGGAAUUUUUGGGGAAUUUCACGAGACAUUUUACGGAAAUUCCAUAGAAUUUUUUUGUGGAAAUGCAUAGGAAUUUCAGGGGAAUUGCAGGGAAAAAUAAUUGGAAUCACCGGGGAAUUGAUUGGAAUUGCUGGUAAAUUCUAUUGAAAAUCCAUGAAGUGAUAUUGGAAUUUCAAUUUGUUGCAAUUCCACGGGAAUUUUCUUGAAAUUUCAUGAGUUGGACUGGAAUUCUACAAGAAUUUUAUUGCAUCUCCAAAGAAAUUUUGUUGGAAUUUCUUAUAAAUUUGAUUGAAAUUCCGUUGCAAUUCCAUGAGAAUUCUUUUGAAAUUCCAGUUAAUAAAAAAAAUACUUUCUCCUAAAAAUGUAACACUAGAAUAAACAUAAUUUCAAAUGCAAUUCCAAUGGAAUUUCACAGCUGAUUCUCGAAAACCUGCGCUAGGUUUUUCCAUUCAAUUUCUCUAUAAGUAAAUUCUACAAGAAAUUUCAUGCUUUUAAUGGUCGUUUGAUCCCUCGUGAUGAAGCAAGAUUAUUUUUUACGUCAGGACAUCACAUGGAGAUAUGAGGAACAGUUGCCAUAAAUGUAUUUUUCUUUUCGAAUUAAGAUUUCUCUCUUUAUCUAGAAUAAUUCUCAUUUUCUAUCGAUCAUAUUUUUUUUUGUUUGAAUAUGAUGAUGUGGAGACUUUUUGGAAUAAAGGUUGGAGAUGAAUUCACUGGGGUGUUUGAUUUGAAAGAUUUUCGGGAGAAUGAGGAAUAAAAUUAUGAGUAUUCUCAGUAUUGAGUAAAUUGUCGAGGUUCAAAGUCGAAAAAUUUUUAAGUCUGAAUUUCGAGAUGUAGGGGAUAGCUUUAUAUUCUGAAUUUUUACCAUUUUAUACGAUUUAUCGAGGGGAGAAAAAAAUGAAGAAAGUCAAGUAAUUGAAAUUGGAGAGAUUAAUCUCCUGAGGAAAUUUUUUUGAUUGAAAUGAAAAUUCAACAAGAUUUACUCGUCUUGUUCAGGUAAUGAAGAUGCUUUUACGCUCAAUUGUAAGAUCACAAAUUGGCUUAAGAUACUGAAAAUUAUUUGUAGCUCAAACCCUCAAUUAAUGUAAGAAGAAUUAAAUUAUGGAUUCUAGUACCAAAAUACGAUUUCUCUUUUUGAAUAAGUGAACUGCCUUCAAUCUGCAAUAUCUCGAGAUUGGCAGAGUGAAAAACGACGAUUUUUUUUUCAAUUUGAAGGUAUUUUUGUCGUCUUAAAAAUGAGACGUGAGUCAUGAAAAUUGCAUCGUUGGAUCCGGAGAUAUUGGAGAUGAUAAAAAGUUCGUUUUGCCUCUUGUCGUAUCGGGCUCUAGUUCAUUCCUGAGUGUUCAUUCUGCUCAAAUUCAUUCCUGAAUUUUCGAACACUCACCGCAUGAUUGAAUCCUAUUUAUGCAUCACGAGCCAUGAUUUCACAACUAAUGGAGAAAUUAAUUUUUGUAUUGUCGAUUUUUCGAGAAAAUUGUGCAACAUUUUUGCGAUUUAUUGAUUUAACUCGUAAUACGAUGUGAAGAUAUUUGAUAGUCUAUGAAGAUUUUACAUGACCUUAAGCAAUAUUAAUAUAUUCAGACGCGUUUGAUGAUUGUGAUUAUAAAUAUUUCAACUUCACAGUCGAUAUUCGUGGGAAUGUACUCGAUGAUGAAGUGUAUGGACAUUGUAAUACACAUUGAUACGAUAUAUUUUUGAGAUAUGAGGAUAAAGAGUAAUGGAAUAAAACAAUUUUAAUAUUUU